UUCUUGGGUUCUGAAUUCAUUCCUCGCCGAGGAAGAAAAAAUCCGUUAUUGUUCUACCUUGAAAGAAGAGAUAUGAUCCAGAGGAGAAAAGUACUGAACAUCCCAGAGUUCUACGUGGGGAGCAUCCUCUCCGUGACGGCAGCAGACCCUUACGCCCAUGGAAAGAAGAACACGUUUGUAGGCAUCUGCAUCCAGUACUCCGGAAAGGGGCUCGGAGCCACCUUCAAACUUCGGAACAUAAUAGAGGGGCAGGGAGUUGAAAUCUGCUUCGAGAUAUACAACCCUCUGAUCCAAGAGAUCAAGGUUCUGAAGCUGGAGAAGAGAUUGGAUGAGAACCUGACGUAUUUACGAGAUGCCCUUCCUGAAUACAGCACAUUUGACGUGAACAUGGCGCCUGUACCCCUUGCGGCGAAUGAAGAGGUUCCUGUCAACAAGAUGAAAGUCAAAAUGAAACCUAGACCGUGGUCCGCACACUGGGAGCAUCCAAGGUUUAAGAUCCAGGGCAUCAACUUUGACUUCUACCUUGACGAAAAAGACAAAGAGAAAGUGAAAGAGUGGAACAAGCCCUGGCUAGAAUUCGAUAUGAUGAGAGAAUACGAUACAUCAAGAAUCAGGGAGAAAAUCUGGGAAGAAGUGAACGCGGAGCUGAAAAACUCAAGUUCAGGUUAAUCACGGAAGACUUUGUCCAGAAGAGACCGUCCGUUCUAGUAUACUCCCCCCCCCUUGAUGUUAGGCCUUUUCAAUAAAUAU